UUUAUAAUAUAUUAUCUUAACGAUAUACUUAUCUUCUCUAAAACAAUAGACAAAUACCAGAAGUAUAUAAAGAAUAGUACUAGAUAUACUAUUUUUAAUCUAUUUUAUAAGAAGAAUAUUAUUAUCUUACCUACUAAGUUAUAUAUCGGCUACCUAAAUGUAGAACUACUUAGCUUUUGUAUAGAUAGUCCUGGCCUUACUAAUAUAGAUUAG